CUUUUGCUUCCGCCUUCACAAUCUUAAGUGCCCUUCCCAAAGAAGAGAACUAGUACUGAAGUGAACUUAUAAGUUUGUGUGGAUCCUAAAUUAUUUCAAAUAUGAUCCUCGUCCAGAGCAGCACACACACGAGUUUUGAUCCGUAAUACCUGCUGAAUGCUGAGCCUUUCCUUUACUAACAUCUUUCAGGAUAGUUUUACAGACUUCAGAGACUGAUCACUUCACAGACGUCUUCAGCUGCCUCUCAUAUCUGAACUCCUGCAGAAUGAGUUUGGCGGAGAUCAAUGAGAAUGUGAAGCUGGCCAGAGAGUACGCGCUGCUGGGGAACUACAGCUCUGCGGUGGUCUGUUAUCAGGGGGUCCUGGAGCAGAUCAGAAAAUACCUCUACGCAGUCAGAGACUCCUCUCUACAGCAGAAGUGGCAGCAGGUCUGGCAGGAGAUAAAUGAGGAAACUAAGCAAGUUCAGGAGAUCAUGGCAACACUUGAGAGCUUCCAGCUGGAGUCGACCCCAUCCAAACCCAGCAGCUUUGGCCUGGAGAAUGACAUUAUGCCUGUUCACAUGGAGCACAGGCCGUCUCCGUGUGUAGUGCGGAAACCCUCCGGCCCGCAUAAAGAAAGCAAAGGCCACGGGAACCGAUUGAGUGCUGGCCCCCGCAACCAACCACGACCCUCACCUCGCGUUGCCAACGGUGACAAGGGAAAACCUCAGAAAGGCAAAGAAAAGAAAGAAAACCCAUCCAAGCCAAAAGAUGAUAGGAACAAAGCAGAGAGUGUGGAGACGGAGGUGAAGAGGUUUGACAGAGGAGGAGAGGACAAAGAUCUGAUUGAAACUCUGGAGAGAGACAUCAUCUCCCAAAACCCCAAUGUCACAUGGGAUGACAUUGCUGACCUUGAGGAGGCCAAGAAGCUUUUGAAGGAAGCCGUGGUUCUGCCCAUGUGGAUGCCUGAGUUCUUUAAAGGAAUAAGACGCCCAUGGAAGGGAGUGUUGAUGGUGGGGCCGCCAGGCACAGGAAAGACUUUGCUGGCCAAAGCUGUCGCCACUGAGUGCCGAACCACCUUCUUUAAUGUGUCCUCCUCCACCCUCACCUCCAAAUACAGAGGAGAGUCUGAAAAACUUAUGCGGCUGCUGUUUGAAAUGGCACGCUUUUAUGCCCCCACCACCAUCUUCAUUGAUGAGAUAGACUCCAUAUGUAGCCGUAGAGGAAACUCAGAAGAACAUGAAGCCAGCAGACGUGUCAAAGCCGAACUACUCGUCCAGAUGGAUGGUGUUGGUGGGACGUCUGAAAAUGACCCUUCAAAAAUGGUCAUGGUUCUGGCAGCCACUAACUUCCCAUGGGACAUCGAUGAAGCUCUGAGACGCCGACUAGAGAAGAGAAUUUACAUCCCACUGCCAUCAGCUAAAGGAAGAGUGGAGUUACUCAAGAUCAGCCUGAAGGAGCUGGAGCUGGCCAAUGAUGUCAACAUGGACAAGAUCGCUGAGCAGAUGGAGGGAUACUCUGGUGCUGACAUCACCAACGUUUGCAGAGAUGCAUCCCUAAUGGCAAUGAGAAGGCGGAUUGAGGGUUUGACCCCUGAGGAGAUACGAAACUUGUCAAAAGAAGAGAUGCACAUGCCCACUACAAUGGAGGACUUUGAGAUGGCACUGACGAAAGUGUCCAAGUCUGUAUCUGCUGCUGACCUAGAAAAAUAUGAAAAGUGGAUAGCGGAGUUUGGCUCCUGCUGAUGAUCCCAAAGAACCUUGAUUGUUCCUCCUCAUAGUAGUCAUUAGCACUUUGAAAGACUGAGUGCCAGUUUCACUAAAUCUCAGAGCAUUUCCACCCUGAACCAGACUGAAUUCAAAGGGUGACAAGUCUUGCCUUACAUGAGGUAUGUAUGAGUGUACGGAUUCAUCGUAAUAGAAUUGGUUUUACAUCUACAGAAGCUGAAUACAGGUUAAGCUUUCUUCUGAGCUAAAGUUCACUCACAUUAAAAUGAAUUUGUAAGGGCUGCACUAAUUAUCCAGUAAAUCCAGAAUGCUGGAGACUGAUAAACUAGUUUUGGUGCUCUUAUAACAAACAGCCCCAUGUGUUGCCUUACUGGAGUGUGUACAGACUAUCAUACUGAGGUUGUGGACACAGGAAUGGGCUGCAUGUUUUGUCUGGUAAUAUCACUGCCAAUAACCAAAAACCAGCUAAACCUAUUCUCUGUUGUCUCCAAAUGCUACUUGAGGUGAACAGCUAUGCAAGCUAAUAGGUUUACUGCACCUGUGCCACUGUGGUUGAUCUAAAGGCCAAAGUUUCUAGCGUUGGACAAUUAUCUUAAUAGUGAUAAAACCAUGAGUAUCUUAAAGGUGUGUCUAGCACUUGACUUUUAUAAACACUAUAGAACCAGAUUCUGGUUUCUUUUCAUUAGUGACAUUCCAUUGCCAUGAUCAGUGUGUAAAAUUAUAUAUUUUGUUGAAUAAAUAUUUUUAAAUUGGAAAAACUCACUGAGACGAACUCAUUUUUGCAGGAUUUACUCAUGUAACAAACUGAAGAAAAACAAGUCAUAACAUGCAUCAGAAUAACAACUGAUUUCAUUAACGGCCAGUGACAGAGCUACAAUGAAAUGUUGAAAUGUUUAAAACGUUCAAGUAUAAUGCUUGAAAUGUUGUAAUGUAAUGGGGAAUACUUUGACAGAUUGCUCAGGACAAAGUGUACAAGUAUUCAUUUCAUUUAUCUAAGGCAGGUCGAAGUUGAAAUGUAUUGCUGGGUUGCAUGCUUAACGUAACAGGCAAUAUCUGAAGCAACAUGAAUAUUAACAUUAAACAAGUUUCUUACAGGCUAUUUAAUAAGACCCCCUGUGAGAAAUAAGAAAUAAUCCAUUUAAAUAAAAUGGACAUUUGAAAAUCAGAUGUUAAAAUUUUUGAUGGAGCUUUACAUUAACUUUAAUGGAUUAUUUGUCCAUUUUUUUUAGUGUUAUACCCUUUAGUUGUCUGUAAUGAUACGAUUUCAUUUCCAUACAACAGUCAAUAUCAAUUAGCAUAAAACAUCCACUUCAGUGGGGAAAAUGCAGGGACAUUUCAGGGACUGCUUAUUUAAAUUUGUGCACCUUAACCGUUCCACCUCACAAUGUAGUGAAAAAUACAAAUAGUAAAUUUGCUCAUUAUGCUGUUAAACAGACGCAUAUGUGGAUCAUUGGGAAAUGUUGGGGAAUAUUUUUUUUCUUUUAAAGUGCUACAUUGAAAUCAUUGGUAUUAACGACCAAAUAAAGCCACAUAACCAAACUGAUGAGAACGUAUCCAUUACUUUUCUAUCAAAAUGCUUUUUUCUGUCGUUUCUCCAUCCAUGUUAUCUAUUAGCCUCUGUUUUUCAUCAUCUGGCAUCAGAGUCUCUGGAUUCAGAUGAAAGACUCCCCUAAAAAACACAGAAAAGAAACGUAUUAAUAUUAUUUAGACAUGUUAUUCAGCAAACUAUGCCAAUCCAGCUGUGUUUAAGUCAACAGUACCAAAUGCCAUGCAUUUGAUACAGGGCCUGUUGAGAAGGCCAGUAACAGGUCGGUGCAGGCUGUACCUGUGUUCACAGGAUGGGAACAGAAGAUCCAGGAUCUUAAUGAUGACAGCUGAUCCUGCAACACCAACCACCACCACCCACAUGAUCAAGAAGAAGAGCGGGACAGAAUCAGACCAGAAGCGCCUCAGUUUA